CACUUCCGCUGCGUCACUUCCUGUUCUCGCUUCGCUUGUUUUCUGCAACUUCAGCGAGAGCAGCAAAUUUCGGGAUGGAGAAAAUACAUUUGCCAGCUCCUGGUCCUGAUGAUCUGCCACUGUCCCUGCUGGAGAUGGGAUGUUCAGGGAAGUUUGAGCUCCUCACACACACACAGCCCUCUCACACACCCUUCCCACCACAGAGCACGCUUCCUCAUGGGCUUCCUCCAUUCAGUGUGGACCUGAAGAUGGAGGUGGAAAAACGUUUUUUGCGAGAUCCCGCAUGGAUGCCCAUACACGAUACAACAGACGCCUUCCAGAAGUUUCUUAAACUGACUAAAAGGGAGAGACAAGUGGACUCGUUAUUGCACUGUUCCCAGUCUCCUCUGCACUCGGGUCUGUCUGUAGUGAGAGAUCCCACCACCGGCAUGCUGCUGGAUUUCACAGAGGUGUUACUGGAGGACACCGGCUUGUCCGCAAAGAAUUCUUUAUCGAUGCAGCGGCAGCCUGGACCCCCGUCUGAGAGUCUUAGAGGCAGCAACACCAACUACCCGUUUUUACCAGGUGGUAUGGAAGAGCUGACGUUAGAGCAGAUAAAGAAAAAGUCUGAUCUGGAGGAGAACAUCGAUUUUGAGAAGGAUUUACUGACGGUGCCUCCGGGGCUGAAAUCCGGCAUGAACUUCAGUAACAAAGAAGCCAAACCUACCAAAGGAGACGUGAACCUGCUUUCCCUGUUGUCUACGUUUGAUGAUGUAAUUGAACCUGUGCCUGAGGAGAAAGAGAAAGGAACAGAAAGAGAACAGGAGUCCAAACUCCACAGAACUAACAGCCUCGAGGAUCUGGGCAUUAAGGACUCUUUACCAUCACCUGCCCCCGCUGGAGCUUCAUCACCAAGCAAUACAGAUGGGAAAACACAGAAAAGCAAGGAAGAGAAGAAGGAAAGGAAGUGGGCCGUGCCUGUGGACAUCAGCUCUCCGUGUGAGGAUUUCUACAAACGAAUCCCCAAUCCUGCUUUUAAGUAUCCGUUUGAGCUGGAUGUGUUCCAGAAGCAGGCUAUCCUCAGGCUCGAGGCUCACGACUCGGUCUUUGUAGCUGCUCACACCUCGGCGGGCAAAACUGUGGUGGCUGAGUACGCCAUAGCGCUCUCGCAAAAACACAUGACCAGAACCAUCUACACGUCUCCAAUUAAAGCUUUGUCUAAUCAGAAGUUCCGCGACUUUAAGAACACGUUUGAAGACGUUGGGCUUUUGACUGGAGAUGUUCAGAUAAACCCUGAGGCCUCCUGCCUCAUCAUGACAACUGAAAUACUGAGGUCUAUGCUGUAUAACGGGUCAGAGGUCAUUCGGGACCUGGAGUGGGUCAUAUUCGACGAGGUUCAUUACAUCAACGAUACGGAGCGUGGUGUUGUGUGGGAGGAAGUGCUCAUCAUGCUGCCUGAACAUGUGAGCAUUAUCUUGCUCAGUGCUACAGUGCCCAAUGCAGUGGAGUUCAGCGAAUGGAUCGGGCGAAUCAAGAAGAGGCCGAUCUACGUGAUCAGUACGGUGAAGAGACCAGUGCCUUUAGAGCACUAUCUCUACACAGGAAACAGCACCAAAACUCAGAAAGAGCUCUUCCUGCUGUUGGAUGCUACCGGAAUUUUCCUCACCAAAGGGUACUAUGCAGCUGUGGAGACCAAAAAAGAGCGCACCAGUAAACAUGCCCAGUCUUUCGGUACAAAGAAGGUGUCACAAAGCACCACACCAAAUCAGGACCGGGCUGUGUGGCAGACGCUGCUUAACUUCCUGUCAGAGAGGCAGCAGACUCCGGUGGUGGCGUUCACCUUCUCGCGCACACGCUGUGACGACAAUGCUCGCUCGCUCACCUCUAUGGACCUGACUAGUUCGAUGGAAAAGAACGAGAUCUACUCCUUCUUCCACAAGAGUCUGAGCAGACUGAGAGGCGGAGACCGGCAGCUCCCUCAGAUCUUGCAGAUGAGAGACUUGCUGAAGAGAGGCAUCGCUGUGCACCACAGCGGUAUCCUGCCCAUCCUGAAGGAGGUCAUCGAAAUGCUUUUCUCUAGAGGCCUUGUAAAAGUUCUUUUUGCUACCGAGACUUUUGCGAUGGGAGUAAACAUGCCGGCCAGGACUGUAGUAUUUGACAGCAUCCGCAAACAUGACGGAACCGGAUUCAGAAACCUUCAUCCUGGUGAAUACAUACAGAUGGCAGGGAGAGCAGGCAGAAGAGGGCUGGACGCAACAGGCACAGUCAUCAUCCUCUGCAAGACCGGAGUUCACGACAUGGCAGACCUGCACACCAUGAUGCUGGGAAAGCCGACAUUGCUGCAGUCCCAGUUCAGGCUGAUGUACACCAUGAUCCUAAACCUGCUGCGCGUCGAGGCCCUCAGAGUCACAGACAUGAUGCGCAGGAGCUUCUCUGAGAGCCACAGAGACACACAGGCCAAUGAGAGGAGGAUAUCUGAGUUGAAACGUGAGCUUUCCUCUCUCCCACCUCUUGACACAGAGGGUCAGUUAUCUGAUCUGCUCUCCUAUUACCACACACUGACAGAACUACGCAUUACAACAGAAGCCCUACAGCAAGCAGUGAUGGAGUCAGUGAAUGGAAUGAAGGCCUUGUCGGUGGGGCGGGUCAUUGUGGUCAACAACGCUCAGCACUUUAACGCCCUGGCUGUCCUCUUACAGGUGUCCACCGACUCUGUGAAUCGGACAUUCACCGCCCUCAUCAUUUGUGAGAAAGGGAACGAAGAAACAGCAGGAACCGUUCAGAACAACCGAGUGUUCACACACCUUCACAACACCAGCCUUUUCAUUCCAGAGGGUCCUUGUAGUCACACAGUGCAGAAACUGAAGCCUCAGGACAUCUCAGCCAUCACAGUUAAGACCCUGAAGAUUAUUCCAGAGAGGAUAAUCGAUAACUAUAACAAGAGACAGCAACCGCGCUUCAGAAUGGAUCCACCCGGUCAAGCCAUUUCCACCGCGACUCAGGAGCUCCUGCGUUUAGCCGAAGCCAACCCAGACGGCGUCGCGACCCUCGACCCUGUGAACGACCUUCACCUGAAGGCCGUGGAUGUGGUAGAAGGUGUGAUGAGGCGGCGAGUCCUGCAAGAAAGUCUCAAAGAUUUCCAUUGCACCCACUCACCCACUUUCACUGAGCAGUUUUCACGUGUGCAGGAGCGGAUGAAACUACAGGAAGAGUUGGAUAAACUGCUGUACUUGAUCUCAGAUCAGUCCCUGACUCUGCUUCCAGAGUACCACCAGAGGAUUAAGGUCCUGGAGGCUUUGAACUACAUCGACGGUAACGGAGCAGUGCAGCUGAAGGGUCGAGUGGCGUGUCAGAUCAGCAGUCAUGAGCUCCUGCUCACAGAGCUGCUGUUUGAGAACACGCUGAGUCCUCUGGCACCGGAGGAGAGCGCCGCCCUGCUGUCCUGCCUCGUCUUCACGCAGAACACUCAGAUAGAACCGCACAUCCCUAACACAAUCCAAGAGGCGAUCGAUCGGGUGCUGUGCGUGGCUCAGCGUAUUGGGGAUCUACAGUGUGAGUGCGGCAUCGCUCAGACCACUGAAGAAUACGUGUCCCAGUUUAAGUUUGGCCUGACUGAGGUGGUGUACUGCUGGGCCAGAGGAAUGCCGUUUGCAGAGAUCGCCCAGCUGACAGACGUACAGGAGGGAACGGUGGUACGCUGCAUUCAAAGAUUGGACGAAGUUCUGAAGGAGGUUAGACAAGCGGCCCGAAUUGUAGGAGACUCAGUUUUGGGCAGCAAGAUGGAGAAGGCAUCACUGGCCAUUCGCAGAGACAUCGUGUUCACAGCGUCUCUUUACACACAUUGAGUGAGAGAGAGAGAGAGAGAGAGAGAGAGAGUGGGCGCUUAAGUGUGUCUGUGUGCUACAGUGUAAAAAUGGACAAGUAAACAUUAAGUGCCAGUUAACGAUUGCCUGAAUGUGCUAGCAUCCUGAUUAAUUGAUGUAUAAUCUCAAGAGCACUGAAGAUCAGCAUGCUUUAUUGUUGAAGGAGAAAUGGCUAUUUUCUAUCUGUACUGAUUUAAAACGGUGGAGCUGUGGAGCACUGAAGAUGGCUGAAGAUACAAAAUUUGUAUGAAUACAGACAUGUUUACAUUUGUUCUGUGAGUGAGUGAAAGAAUGUGUUUGUCUUUGAUUUCUUUCUUAACAGAGUCCUGUCCUGUAAUUUAUUGUACAGUAAUAAAAUCCACUGAAUCUAAACUAGGAA